AGAAAAAGGAGCAUUUUUCCUUUCACUUUCCAACACCACGGAUUCACCUUGUGAUGGAGGGCUACGCUAAAUUCUUGCUUCUUCUCUGCCUCGGUUUGGCGAGAGGCUAUAAUAAUUACGAUUUGCGUCUAGCUGGAGCAGGGAGUAUCCCCGGUCAAGGUCGCGUGGAGGUGUACUACGAGGGGGUAUGGGGUACUGUGUGUGACGAUAGUUGGGAUCAGGAAAAUGCUGAUGUAGUCUGCAGGCAGCUCGGCUACUCAAGUGGAGCUCUAGGCGGUUACUUGCCGACUGCUCGGAUAUUUGGAGCCGGAUCCGGAAGGAUCCUUUUGGACGAUGUUAGCUGCACGGGCGAUGAAUCCUCUAUUGCUGACUGUAGUCACAGAGCCGUUGGUACACACAAUUGCCAACAUUCGGAGGAUGUAGGAGUCAUAUGCACUUAUGAAAUUCGACUUGCUGGAACAGGGAGUACAUCCAAUCAAGGUCGCGUUGAGGUGUAUGCCGGGCAAUGGGGGACAGUCUGCGACGAUUAUUGGGGUCAGGAAGAUGCUGAAGUUGUCUGCAGGCAGCUUGGGUUCUCUGGUGCACUUGAUUAUACGGUACAAGCAGCUGACUUUGGACCAGGAACUGGACCGACUAACCUGGAUAAUGUGAGGUGCACUGGCACGGAAACUUCCAUCUUUAAGUGCGCCAACAACGGUUGGGGAAUAAAUGAUUGUCAACAUAGUGAGGAUGCCGGAGUCUACUGCAUUCCUGGUCCUGUUGGGCCAGGUAUUCGUCUUGGAGGUUCUUCCAAGAAGAAUGAUACCCUAGGGUGGGGCGUUGUUGAGAUAAUGAGCAAAGGUGAAUGGGGUACAAUCUGUGGAGCAGGAUGGACACAAGAGGACGCUAAUGUGGCUUGCAGACAGCUUGGCUUCUCUGGACCAGCCUUUUACCACUUUUCUGAUAUUAAGUUCUUUGGAGCUGGAUCUGGGAACAUUUUGUUCUCCGAUGUCGCGUGUACAGGAGACGAGGAUUCAAUCACGGACUGCCCAUCCAGUUCGACUGUAAAUGUAGACCCUACCUGCACCCACGAUCAAGACGCUGAGGUUCUAUGUCUUGGAGCUUAUGAAGGUCCAGUGGUUCGACUUGGUGGAAGCAAUAGUGAUGAGAGCAAAGGAUGGGGUACAGUUGAAGUUUACAGGAAUGGUGAAUGGGGGACCGUCUGUAACAGUGGAUGGACUCAAGAGGAUGCCAACGUCGUCUGCAACCAACUCGGCUUUCCCGAUGAUGCAUUCUACUACCUUCCUGACUAUGACUUUUUUGGACCUGGUUCUGGAUCCGUUGUGCUCACCGACGUUGCCUGCACGGGCGACGAGUCCUCUCUCCUGGACUGCCCGUCAUCUAUUGCCGAUGGAUCUAACUCUAAGUGCGAUCAUGACCAUGAUGUCGAGGUCAUGUGCACCCCCGCAACAGGCGCCAGUCUAAGCCAGAUACUGUACAAGAAGGAAGACAUGAAACAGCAAGGAAAGAUGGCCGAUCUGGAAAUGCAGCUAAAGGAGGCUGAUGAGAAAAAGAGCGCUGACCUAAGGGAGAAAGAUGUCGUCGAAGCUCUUGUCAAUCUCCUGUCAAAACUCAAGCAGAAGUAGACCUAACGACGAUAUAACCAUGACAACGGACGUACUCAUCUGGUGAACUGGUGGCGGCUUGUUACAAGAAUGAGAUUUUUAUAACCCUUUCCUGUUAAAUAGCGUUUACAAAUUCUCUUUAUAUCGUCAUGUCAAACUAGGAAUGAAGACAGUUUAAUCAUGGAAGAGUAGAACGAGGGAUUGUUACAUGGCGAUCGACUUUGGAAAAAGGGAAGAUCCCUCUCGCAAAAGAUACGACCAAAAAAACAUAUUAUGGCUUCUAUUUAGAUUCCUUAUGCCAGUAUUGUUUUUUUUUUAGCCCAAACCGUAGAAAUUGUCCAAUAUUUUACAAAUAAGCUACAGAUCACCUAAUAUACAAUGUCAAAAGGAUAUUAUUCGUACGUAUGUCAAUGUAGAAGCAUCAACCAAAAUUAAACAACAA